AUGACGCUGCUAUUCCUUUUUCUUAUUCAAAUGGAUUGUUCUGGGUCAAGUCUUCAUCGAUCUAUAUUUUAUUACUUAACUGUUUCCCCGCAUUUGCUGUCGAAGAAGGCUUGCAUAAAAAUUCUGUAUGAAGCUGAUUCUGUUAAAGCAUCUGACAGUAUGUCUUCGGUAGCAAAGAUCAUUUGGAUCUUUCUGACAAUUCAAUGGACUCUUAUUUUAAUUACAGAAGCCCAAAACGUUCAUUUCAAUUUCCCUCCCUCUGAUGACGAUAUCCAAUUACUGGAACACGCUCAUCGAUCUGAGUUUGGGCAAGGAAUUGAACUGACAAAGAGUACGCUUCACGACGAUUUCAACUGGAGCAUGGGUUGGGCGGUUUACAGAAGACCAGUUGAAAUAUGGAGCAAAUCUUCUGGGGCCCUUGCAAGCUUUCAGUCCUACUUCCAGUUCAAAAUAUACCGUGGAACCCCAACCAAAAUGGACUAUUAUGCUGAUGGCCUUACAUUCUUCAUGGCUCCUUUGGGAUCCCAACCACCACAAAACGGAGAAGGUAUGUGGCUUGGACUGUUAAAUAGUACAACCAACGGUAAAUCAUCAACCCAAAAAUUUGCUAUUGAAUUUGAUACUUUCAAGAACGCGAUAAUAGAUGAAUACUAUGGAGUGAAUGCCAGUGAUCCGGAUGAUAAUCAUGUGGGGAUAGAUAUCAAUAGUAUCAUUUCUGUGAAGACUGUUUCUUUGUCUCACAGGCUUAACAGUGGAGGAACUCGGGAAGUGUGGAUAGAUUAUGAUGGGCAACAUAAGGGGCUCAAGGUGUUUAUGGCUCAUAACAGGUCAAACUUUAGUUAUCCUCGUCCACAAUAUCCAACGUUUACCUACCCUCUAAAUCUCUCAGAUUUUCUUCCUGAAAAGGUCACAAUUGGCUUCUAUGCUUCAACGGGGCUUUCCAACCAGAUGCACAAUCUUAUCUCAUGGAAUUUCUCAAGCCAAACUAGUUGGAGUCAUGAUAAAGAGAGACUUCCCAUUAUAAUCAUCUCUCUGGUGGUCGUGUUCAUGGCUGUGGUCGCGGUUAUACUUAUCAUAGGCGUUGCAGUCUACAGGCUUAACUAUAAGAAAAGAGUAACAUCAGAUAGAGACUUACACAUGCCAGAUCCCAGCGAUCUGAAGAGUCAUGAAGUCUUAGAAAGAGUUGACGAGGAGACAAAUCCCAAUAGAAGCCCUCGGGUGUACAGUUAUGAAGAACUAAGUAGAGCGACUGCUGGCUUUAGCCAAGAUUUAAUACUUGGACAGGGAGGAUUCGGAAGGGUUUACAAAGGAAGUCUAGAGGAUGGAGAAAUAGUGGCGGUGAAAAGAAUUUAUCAGAACUCUCAGGAAGGGCUUAGACAAUACGAAUCAGAAAUUGCACUAAUUGACAGCUUGUCCCAUCCUAAUUUGGUUCCCCUUUUGGGAUGGUGUCACGACAGAGAAGGCGAACUUCUUCUGGUUUACGAGUAUAUGUCCAAUGGCAGUCUGGACAAAUAUUUGUUUACAGGAGAAGCUCAGGAUUGGACUCUGCGUUGGAACGAGAGAUUCAGCAUAGUCUGCGACUUAGCUUCGGCACUUCACCAUCUCCACGUUGAAUCUAGCCCCCACGUUCUGCAUAGAGACAUCAAAUCUAGCAAUAUAAUGUUAGACUGCAACUUUGUGGCACGGCUUGGAGACUAUGGUUUGGCUCGCCUGAUGGAGCACGAUAAUACCUCCCGCUACACAAAAUCUGGUGGCACCCCGGGGUAUGUUGCGCCAGAGUGCUUUCAAAAAUUGAGGGCUAGCUCGGAAUCGGAUGUCUUCAGCUUUGGUGCCGUGGCUCUGGAAAUUGCCUGUGGAAGGCCCGCGUUGGACACAGAUCUUACGUUUUGUAAUAUGAGUUUGGUCAACUGGGUUUGGAGUAUGCAUGAAAUGGGACAGAUACUUGAUGCAGCUGAUAAAUUGCUUGAUAAGGAAAGAGAUGGUGUGCAAAUUGAAAGGCUGAUGCUGGUUGGAUUGUGGUGCUCUAUCCAUGAUUAUAGACAGAGACCAAGAAUGCAGCUAGUUCUGGAAGCCUUAAAGUUUGAAGCUGAAGUGCCUAUGCUCCCGUGCAGAAUACCUGGAGAGCCUCAUUGA